GCAAUCAGCCGGAGUCUGCUUCUGUUUCCGGAGGGACUAUGUUUCCGUGAGCACUCGCUGACGGAGUAUUUUUGCUUCGUUGUUUCGGCGUAGAUAUUUUUAUUCUUUCAGCAAAAAUAAUAAGUUUACCGGAAACGUGUUUGAUUCUUAAGGGGAACAUUGCAUGUGAGGAGCCGGAGCGGUGGCAGAGGUUCAUGUUGAUGCUGGUCUUUCUUUCUGGAUGAUGGUUUCCUUCCUGACUGUCGCCGUUCCCUGAGGGUCUGACCCUCGUCAUCCUCUCUAGCCGCUGGACCCCAUGGAGGAGUAGCUCUUGAGUGACAGGUACGAGAACCAAUUGCACGUCAAGACUCACAGCGGCAGGGCCGAGAGGAAGAGAGGAUGUCGUCUAACCGGACUCAGACCCCUCACGGUCUGAAGCAGAUUGGGCUGGACCAGAUCUGGGAGGACCUGCGGGCAGGUAUACAGCAGGUGUAUACCCGGCAGAGCAUGGCCAGGUCGCGCUACAUGGAGCUCUACACUCAUGUGUAUAAUUAUUGCACUAGUGUGCAUCAAUCGAAUCAGGCCCGCGUUGCAGGUGCCCCUCCGUCCAAACCUUCUAAGAAGACCUCCACACCCGGAGGAGCUCAGUUUGUGGGGCUGGAACUCUAUAAGCGAUUAAAGGAAUUUCUGAAGAAUUACCUUACAAACUUACUGAAGGAUGGAGAAGACCUCAUGGACGAGAGCGUCCUUAAGUUUUACACACAGCAGUGGGAGGAUUACAGGUUCUCCAGUAAGGUUCUCAAUGGGAUCUGCGCUUACCUCAAUCGCCACUGGGUCCGCCGAGAGUGUGACGAGGGUCGAAAGGGGAUCUAUGAAAUCUACUCUCUGGCUCUAGUGACGUGGAGGGAAUGCUUGUUUCGGCCAUUAAAUAAGCAGGUCACAAAUGCAGUAUUGAAGCUGAUCGAAAAGGAAAGGAACGGAGAAACCAUCAACACCAGACUCAUCAGUGGUGUGGUGCAGUCCUACGUGGAGUUGGGUCUCAACGAGGACGAUGCCUUUGCUAAAGGCCCGACCCUGUCCGUCUACAAGGAGUACUUUGAGAGCCAGUUCCUGGCCGACACCGAACGGUUUUAUACAAGGGAAAGCACAGAGUUCCUGCAACAAAAUCCCGUUACUGAGUACAUGAAGAAGGCAGAGUCUCGUCUGCUGGAGGAACAGAGAAGAGUUCAGGUGUAUCUCCAUGAGAGCACACAGGAUGAGCUGGCCAGGAAAUGUGAGCAGGUUCUUAUAGAGAAACACCUGGAGAUCUUCCACACAGAGUUCCAAAACCUGCUAGACGCAGACAAGAAUGAAGAUCUCGGUCGCAUGUACAAUCUGGUGUCGCGCAUCACGGACGGCUUGGGAGAGCUAAAGAAACUUUUGGAAACGCACAUUUAUAAUCAAGGCCUGGCUGCUAUAGAGAAGUGUGGCGAGUCUGCUCUCAAUGACCCCAAAAUGUACGUCCAGACCAUUUUGGAUGUCCACAAAAAGUACAACGCCCUAGUGAUGUCGGCAUUCAACAACGAUGCUGGAUUUGUGGCUGCUCUGGACAAGGCGUGCGGGCGUUUCAUCAAUAACAAUGCCGUUACAAAGAUGGUUCAGUCCUCCAGCAAAUCGCCCGAACUACUGGCCAGAUAUUGUGACUCGUUGCUCAAGAAAAGUUCCAAAAACCCAGAGGAGGCCGAACUUGAGGACACUCUCAAUCAAGUGAUGGUGGUGUUCAAGUACAUCGAGGACAAGGACGUGUUUCAGAAGUUCUAUGCAAAGAUGCUGGCCAAACGUCUGGUCCAUCAGAACAGUGCCAGUGAUGAUGCAGAGGCCAGCAUGAUCUCCAAACUAAAGCAAGCUUGCGGCUUUGAGUACACAUCAAAACUGCAGCGCAUGUUUCAGGACAUCGGAGUGAGCAAAGACCUCAAUGAACAAUUCAAGAAACACCUCACAAACUCUGAGCCUUUGGACUUGGACUUCAGCAUCCAGGUGCUAAGCUCAGGUUCCUGGCCUUUCCAGCAAUCCUGCACGUUUGCCCUGCCGUCAGAGUUGGAGAGAAGCUACCAAAGGUUCACAGCCUUCUACGCAAGCAGGCACAGCGGCCGUAAGCUCACCUGGCUUUACCACCUGUCCAAAGGAGAACUGGUCACCAACUGCUUCAAAAACCGCUACACCUUACAGGCCUCCACGUUCCAGAUGGCCAUUCUACUGCAGUAUAACACAGAAGAUGUUUAUACGGUGCAGCAGUUGACAGACAGCACACAGAUCAAAAUUGAUAUACUGGUGCAAGUUUUGCAAAUAUUAUUGAAAUCCAAGUUGCUGGUUCUGGAGGAUGAGAAUGCAAAUGUGGAUGAAGUGGAAUUCAAACCCGACACUCUCAUAAAACUUUUCUUGGGUUAUAAAAAUAAAAAGCUGCGAGUAAACAUUAAUGUGCCAAUGAAGACGGAGCAGAAACAGGAACAGGAAACGACCCACAAAAACAUUGAGGAGGACCGAAAACUCCUUAUUCAGGCGGCCAUAGUGAGAAUCAUGAAGAUGAGGAAAGUCCUGAAGCACCAGCAGCUCCUUGCAGAAGUUCUGAAUCAGCUCUCAUCGCGGUUCAAACCCAGAGUCCCCGUCAUCAAGAAGUGCAUUGACAUCCUUAUAGAGAAAGAGUAUCUGGAGAGGGUGGAUGGAGAGAAGGACACCUACAGCUACCUGGCCUAAACCUACAGCUACCCCUCCACGGCCUUCUGUCUGUCUCUCACGCUUAUUGUUUUUUUUUUUAAUAAGUUGUUUCUCUGGUAAUAAAUAUCAUUCCUCUUGAUGCUGGGCUUGUUUUGAAGGAAUUUUUAAAAGGACAAACAAGCGUGUGUGAGUUCAACUUUACUGUUUUAUUGGACCGCCUCUCCCCUGGAUGGACAAGAUUGUACAUACAUGCAUACAUACAUACAUACAUUCAGAGAGAUGUUGAGCUUUAAUGCAAAAAUGAAACAUUACAGGUUUAAAAUGCCAAAUUGGAAAUAAACCCUUCACAUUACGCAUGCUAUUGCCCAUCAGCAUUAAAAUGAAUAAAAAUAUAAACAAGGUUAAACUGAAAUCCUAUAGCAGUUAAAAUGCCUGGAUAAUGUUUUAUGAAACAGAAAAAAUAGGAAAAGGUGCAAUUUUAGGUGCACAUGCCAGGGAGAAAAGACCGGUUUGUGUAUUCUGAAUUGUUUCCUGCUACCAGAAAACCAUUUGUAUAGUGUGGUUCACUUUUUUAAAUGUGUGUUAAAUAAAAGAAUUAAAUGUU